AUGGCUAGGAGGUCUAAUAGAAAUCAGUCAGGGGUACGUGGUCCGAACUCAGCUUUAACUGAGUUUUUAAGGGUUGAGGGUAUUACCGAUGCGUUUAGGAGAAGACAAGAAAGAGGCGAUCCUACGUCUAGGGAAGAAUCCCCAGCAGAUAGGAACGAGACGGAAGAUAGCGAGGUUCUGUUACCAUCAGUUCCCUUGGAUAUUCAUGAAAAUAAUUUGGAUGGAGAGGUAGAUGAAGAAGAAAAGGCGAUACGGCAGGCUGCAAGAAGGAAAAGAAGGGCUGCCAAACGGCGUCUGGGAGGUAGAUUCCCAAGUGAUAGUGAUGAUGAUGACGACAAUGACGAUAAUUACAGCGAUGAUGAUGUGUUGGGAAAUGGAUUCAAGAAAUUUGGAGAGGAAGAUAAUUGCGUAGAUUGCGGCAAGAUUUUCAAUAUGACGGUUUAUUCUCGAUACGAUAGGGCUAGGAAGGGCUAUUUGUGUGAAUCCUGUAACGAAAACUUGAAGCAACGCGAGAAAACAGCUCGUAGAAAUCAACUCAAUGCCCGGAAGAAGAGAAAGAAGGUUGCACAGGCUUUGUUAGACAAGUCUUCAAUCCAAAUGCCGACAUUACAAGAUAUUUGCAUCAAAAAGAUUACUCAGAAUAUUGAUGAUGUUGAUGCAUUAGGUGAUAUUGGACAAACUAAUAUGAAUAAGAUUUCUAUGAUCUUAUCCAAAAAUAGAUCGCUAAACAAUUCAACGAUGACUUUGUUUUUGCAUCCUGGAUUGAAAGUGUUGGACUUUUGGGACUGUUCAAAUGUCGACUCUGAUUCAUUGAAUAAGAUUGCAUCCUAUUGCCCUAAUUUGGAAUCACUCACGCUCUUUAUGUGUGGAUACUUUCACAAUGACAAUUUGAAGUACUAUAGUUCACAUCUUCAGAAUUUGACUGAAUUAUCUCUAAAUGGUCCAUUCUUAAUUAGUGAUUCAAUGUGGCAGGAAUAUUUCGAAAAUGGUGGUUCAAGAUUAAGCAAAUUUGAAAUUAGAAAUACACAUAGGUUUGGAAAUGAUUCGUUGAUAAGCCUACUUGAGAAUUGUGGGUCGAAAUUAACGAAGCUAAAGCUUUCUAGGUUAGACGGUCUAGAUUCCGCUCCUGUUUAUGAAUUAAUUCCGCAUUAUCUUCUGACGUCAAAUUUGACAAGCUUGGAAAUAUCAUAUCCAUACAAGGAAGAAUUAAUUACCGAUGAUUUAUUAAUCAACAUUUUAUCUGUUACGGGUGAGAGUUUAACUAGCUUGAAUGUUGAUGGUUGUUCAAAUUUAACUGACCGAUUUUUGACAGAAGGAAUUGUUAGGUUUUGCCCUAAUUUAACCCAUGUAUCUAUGAAAUUAUUAGAUCAACUAACGGAUGAAGGGUUUGCUGCAGCUUUUCGAGAAUAUUCAAACGUCAAUAGUGGUGGGUUAAUCAACGUUCAACUAACUAAAUGCACAGGGUUAGGAAACAACGCAAUAUAUUCCUUACUUCAUCAUUCGGCGCAAACAUUAGUUGAGCUUAGUUUGAAUUCGAUAUAUAAUGUCGAUAAAGACUUUUUGUUUCAAAUAUUCACUGACGAUUAUCAUCCACUUAAAAAGUCUUUGAAGGAUUCUAUUGAGAGCACUUCAAGGCGUACUGAGGUACAUAGUUCCGAUGAAGGGAAUGACGAAACUGGAAUGACGAAAUUUUAUGGUAAGAUAAAUUUUCCAUUAUUAACAACAUUAGACAUUGGAUUUGUAAGGGCUGUUGAUGAUGAGAUAUUGAACUUUAUUAGUGAUAACUGCUCAAAGCUCACUAUCUUGGAAACGUAUGGUAAUAAUAGAUGUACUUUGAGAGCAAACGUAAGGAAUGAUUUAAUGGUUAUUGGGCGUCAGAACGACAUUUUAUAG